CGGGUUGGCUGGGGGAGCAGACAGCGGAGUUUUAAUGUCCGCCAUGUUGGCCAUGGCGUAUUGAAGAGGGAGGGAGAGACUGACCCACAGGAGCACAAAGACUCCCACCAAAGCGCCCCCCAAACUGAGCCACUGCCACCGGGAGUGCCAGGAUAAGCGCCCUGUCUAAUAUUAGUGAUUAUUAUCGGAAUAACAAGGCUGGCGGGGAGGCAGCGAGGGGGGGCGCGGAGAGAUCUCCAUGAGAGGGCGGCACGGGAGCUUUUCCCCGCUCGUCGGUCGCAUGGCUCUCUGCUAGACACACCAUGAGCAAGUUAUCGUUCCGGGCGCGGGCGCUUGACGCGUCCAAACCGUUACCCGUCUUCCGCUGCGAGGAUUUACCGGAUUUACACGAGUAUGCCUCCAUCAACCGGGCCGUGCCGCAGAUGCCGACGGGCAUGGAAAAGGAAGAAGAGUCGGUAAUGCUCCGCUUUUUUUCACUUUAUUUUUACCGCUUAUACCCCCCCUCCACCCGGUCCCUGCUCUGCGCAAGCUUACACAAAAUGGCCGCCAUGUUCCUCCCCGACGGGAACGGCGAUGGCGCACAUACCUCUCCCCUUGUAAUUCCGCACUCGGGGUGGCUUGUAGGGCUAAUACUCAUCUCCCUGUAGGGAUAUAUGUCUCCGGUUUGUCCGCCGGUGCUUCCUGGGAGGAAUUUAGCAGCCGGGAAGGCACAAAGGAGUCACGUGACGGGGCCGCGGUCGGCCAUUUUGUUGUGUGUGUGUUUUCUCUCCCUGACUGUUGGGGCUGGGCCUGAGUGAGGGUUGUUGAUCCGACUGAUGCCGCUGGGGGGAGCUGAUGAUCAGGCAUUUGCUCACCUUGUGGGAUUGUUUGUGUACAUUGGAAGCUGAUUAACAGUAGAGAAAGCCGGCGAGUUUCCCUAAUGUCGUCUGCUUUGACUUGGUGCUGCUGUAUAGGAACUCAACAUUGCUUGGAAACCUCUUCUGUGCUACAAAAUAAUAUAUUUAUAUCUCAUAUGAUAUGUCUGUGUUUGUAUAGCAUCACAGUCCUGCACUGAAACACCUUUUAAAGUGUAAAACCCAGUUCACAGCUGUGGCUUAUUGGUGAAUGAUGUGGGGUCUGGAGCUUGCCUCACACAGUGCACAAAUACACCUCUUAAAUAGAAGCAGAUCCACUUAAUAAACCACUUUAAUAGAGAUUGUAAAAUAGGAUAUAUAUAUAUAUCUCAUCUGUAGAAACCGCACUCACAGGUCUCAUGAACAUUAAACAGUCUAUUGCAAGAAAACUAAUGUUUCGGCUGGAACGCCAGCCUUUAGCCGAAACGUUUGUUUUCCUGCAAUAAAGACAGUUUAAUGUUCACAAGACCUGUGAGUGCGCUUUCUACAGAUGACCUUCGUAUCACUCAUUUUCAAUUACUGCACCCAGGCAUCAUUAACUUGAUUUAUCGUGAGUGCCAAUGUUUAUAGAUAGAUAUAUAUCUAUAUGUAUAUAUCUCCAGUGAGAGUCGAAACGUUGAUCUAAAUAAAAGGUUUUUAUUUGCAAGAAGUCCCUAGAGUGCAACAGCUUUUCUUCAAUCUGUUUAUACUUUAUCUGUUAGCACCAGGGCAUUAACACUCUUUAAAGUGUGUGCAGCAGCCUCACAGACACUAUAUAUAUAUACACACACACACACACACACACACACACACACACUUGCACACACUUGCAUCCCUAGUAUCCUGGCCUUUAGGGCAGAAUAUAGUUUAUACUGAUAACUAUGAGUAAGCUGAAUAUAUUUCUGCUGAAUGUAGGGAAGGAGUUCUUAGGACACUAACAGCAAUGUAUGUGUAUGUUCUUUCUCUGUGUGUAUGGGUUUUCUCUGACACUCCAAAUCUAUACAGACAGGUUAGUGGACUACUGAAAAAAAUUGAGAAGUACUGUGUAUGAAUGUGAUGGGCUACCUCCAUUGUAAGCUCCUCUAGGCAUGAAUAGUGACUAUUAUGUGAUAUAGGUGCAUUGUGACAGACUCAAGCUCCAUAAUGCUGCCCUGGGUUAUUUGUGUUGGAACCAACAUGAAGCUGCCGUGUGUAUUGGAGAUUGACCCCGUUGUACCCAAUUGCAUGUCUGAUGUUGUUUACAAGGUUUUUUUUUUUUGUUAUGGUGGCCAUACACGGGCCGAUAAAAGCUGCAGACAGACCGAGUCGGCAGUUUAUUGGCCCGUGUAUGGGGCCCUCGAAGGGCUUCCCUGAUCGAGAUCUGGCCGAAAGUCGUGCAGAUCUCGAUCGGAUGCGACUAAAAAUCCAGUCGGAUUGCGGCCACAUCUGUUCGUUGAUGCGGUCCCGUGAUCCGACCGCCCGUAAAGCCACCCUAGGGCCCACGAUCGGAUCAGCCCGAUAUUGCCCACCUCAAGGUUGGCAUAUUAGGGAGAGAUCCACUCGUUUGAGCGGAUCUCUCUGUGUAUGGCCACCUUAAGUUAAGAGAGGACUCACUUUUUGACAAUAGUUGGACUUCUGUGGUUUGAAUAAUAGGGGAGAGUGUUUCUUUAUUGUUUGGAGUAUAUUAUAUUGGAAAGUGAUGGAAGUACAGGUAUGGGAUCCAUUAUCCAGAAAACCCUGAAUUAUGGAAAGGUCGUCUCACAUAGACUCCAAAUUUUUAAAAAUAUUUUCCUUUUUCUCUAAUAAUAAAACCGUAGCUUGUACUUUAUCCCAACUAAGAUAUAAUCAAUCCUUAUUGGAGCUAAAACCAGCCAAUUUAAUGUUUACAUGAUUUUCUAGUAGACUUAAGGUAUGAAGAUCCAAAUUUUUGAAAGAUCCGUUAUCCGGAAAACCCCAGGUCCCGAGCAUUCUGGGUAAUGGGUCUCCUACCUGUACUUAUAAUUCGAGUGUGGUUACCUACAGUAGCAGUCAGAUUGUUCACUUCUUUCAGCUCUUCUGAAGCAUUCAGGCAAUGUUAUUGUAUGCAAAUUGACUCAAGUUUAUUGUCAUUACCUCCCAAAUGGUGGGUGUUGUUGGGGCCAGAGUGUUGGAGACGGAAGCAAUUUUGGGUAUCUGGAGAACAAGUUGCAAAAAAAUGUUCUGACUCCUAAUAACAUUAAAUUCAAGCAUUGAAAACAAAUCAGAUUUAUGAGCCUCUAUGAUGGAGGAUAUGGCCGACGCAAUUCUGUUUCUAAGAACAAUAUUUAGUUCAUUUUGGAACAAUACUUUAAGUUCAUUUUUGCUUGUAUUUAACAGUUUUUCUGCAGCUACUGUAUAUGCCAGAUUUAAUUCAAAUAAUGGAAAGUAAUUGAAAAAAGGCUUUAUUUCUGGGGAACUAUAAAUACAACUGAACUGAAAAGUGUUUGGAAGGUGAACAACCCCUUUAACGUCUUUCAAUCAACAUGGAAAAUAUAUA